CCGACGUUUGGCGCCGAAAACUCGGAGCGCUGCGCCGGCGGCGGGGGCGGGGCUGGCCCGGGGGCCCCGCCUCGGCCUCGGCCCCGCCGCAGGGCUCCCUGCACCGGCCGCCGCCGCUCCGGCCGUACCCGCGAGGUGCCCGCGCCGGGAUGGCCACAGUUUCCUCGGAGACGGCAUAGCGGCUGCUCCCGCCAGACCCUGCGCCGCCCUCAGCCCGGCCAUGGCGCGGCCCGAGGCUGGUUAUGAGGCGGCGGUGCCGCCCCGCCCUGCCUGCACCUACACCAGCUGCUACUGCGAAGAAAAUGUUUGGAAGCUUUGUGACUACAUCAGGAGUCGGGAUCGGUACCCUUUAGAAGAAUUUUAUGCGGUUUUCAUAUCCAAUGAUAAGAGGAUGAUUCCACUCUGGAAGCAGAAAUCUGGACAUGGAGAUGAGCCUGUUGUCUGGGACUACCAUGUUAUUCUACUUCAUCUCUCCAGCGGGGAGCAGAACUUCAUUUAUGAUCUUGACACAGUGUUGCCGUUUCCCUGUCCUUUUGAUGUGUACAGCGUGGAGGCCUUUAGGUUGGAUGACAGCCUUCGUCCAGAGUUUCACAGAAAAAUCAGAAUGAUUCGAGCAGAUUUGUACUUGAAGACAUUUGCUUCAGACAGAUCUCAUAUGAAGGAUGCAAAUGGGAAAUGGCAGAAGCCUCCUCCUCCAUACCCUUGCAUUGAAACUGCAGAACCAUUACUGAGACACUGUCCCUGACCCAGGUGGUGGCUGUCCCCCACACCUGGCAUGAGCCACACUGCUGGAGGGGAGGACCUGCAGAGCAUCACUUACAGAGCGGAGCAGAUGGCUCCAGUUUUGGUGGGCUUGCCCUCCUAUGACACUUUGGAUUCUCAGGCUUAGAGAAUCUCAUCUCCUCUCGAGGUGAAACCUGCCCGGACAUCUGUCUCUCUUCAGGUAAUUACCUUCUCAGAAAUUUGAGGGAGAGAAUGCCGGUGAUUUUCUUCUGCCUUCUGGCUUCCUCCUUAUGCAGGACUUGGCCCAGUUGAGGCCAAGGUUAAUGAAGCACACGCGAGGAAGGAGUGUCUGGAGACAUCUGCCCAGGUUUGUGCGCACUUCCCGGCGGAGCUCACCUCUUUUCGUUUAUGAUCAUGGAGUCAGAAGAGUGAAGCACUUGAUAGAAAUGCAGCCUUUCAGCAAGUUAAAUGCAGCUGCAGUAGUGGUUCUGGAAAAUCUCUUCAGUUUGACCUAAGAUAAACAAAUAUGGUUGUUUAAGUAUCCUCAAUGUUUCCUUAUACUUACAGUAGGAAAUACCUUGGAUACUGAGGGCAGUUAAAACAAAUCUUACUUAGUUAUCUAAGGCCUCUGGCAAGUCCCUGAGUUUCUGAGCGAGCUAAGCCACUUCCUGGGCAUGAGGUGUACCAAGCUCCAUUUUAUAGUCAUAAAAAUAAGCAUUAAGGACCUGGGCUGUGAACUGCCACUCACAAUGUCCAACUCAAGUGACAUUAUUAACCUGAUGCUUGUGACGAAUGUCUGCUUCCUGCUCUGGAAGAUGAGCAGGAUGUUUCCAGUGAGCUGGAUUCCUGACAUUAUAUUACUUCAAAGCAGGAAAUGCUCAUUUUGCUUGGUUCAGCAUCAUACCAGCCUUCCCAUGCAAGGCUAUAUCUGGAACCCAAACACUGCAAUAAGGCAGGAAUCAUUAUAUGUUAUUUUUUUUCAAACAGCCUACACAGUAAGAAGAUGGUAGUUAUCUCAGCCUUCCCUUCUUUUUAGUAUGCAAUUGUGGUGGCGUGCUUCCCCGUCUCAGCUUGGCUGCUGAAAUGGCAGCACACCAGCUCCACGCUUGGAGCCAUCCCGAGAAAAUGUUCUGCUGUGGCAUUUAACCAUUUAGCUGUAAAGCUCCCACUGCUUCCACCGUUCUAACUGCUGGGGUGAAGCAAGGCUUGCCAGUCCUUGUUUAUAGCAAGUGUAAUCAGUUCCACUAUUUAUACUGUACUCAUCCCAGAGCACUUUGCUGUAUGAAAUGGUCGCAGUUAUAUUUAUACCAGUACAAAAACAAAGUCAUCACAAAUCGAGGCGGCGACAUUCAGAGUAAUUUUUCCUUGCUAUGUGACGCUGUUUCUUCGGCAAUUCAAACUUCUUUCAGGCAGAAAAUAGGAAGAAAAUACAGCCCACUGUAAGUCAGGAAUCCCACCAGUAUUUAUCUUUGUGUUUUUGUCUUGCAUGAAGGAAAUGCAACAAUUUAGUCAAGUAACCCCUACCAGUUGCUACCUCGGUACGAAUAUGCAGGGCUGCCAGCAAACGCCAUGGAGUUGUCUUAGUGCAGCUAAAAGCAGAGUUCAGUCUGCUUUGCCAGAAGUACUAAAAAUACCUUUUAAUAUGCUACGAUGUGUGUCCGGCCAGGAGUUGUUUUCAAAUGCAUUGUCCAUGGAGUUCCCAUGAAGUAAACAGAGAUCAGAUCGAUACGCUCGGUCCUGAGAUGCAAAAUAAGCAGUGCUGUGGGGUCCAGCUGUUCUCCUUGCUGGUGUCACCAGCAGGGUGCUCCCCCUGCCUUGCUCCCAGCAGUGGCCUGAGAAUUGCAGUGCCCUGCCUGCCAUAUUUGUCAGAGAUCCUUUGCAGGGUAGAUUGUUUACAUAACUGUCAGUCUCAUUUAACUUGAUAAUUAUUAAAUAAAACACCCCAGGUUAGGUGCUUUUGAGAUCUGAAAGACUAAGUGAGGGAUUUUGUUGCCAGCAAAGAAGACACACUCACAUUCCCAGCAUCUCCUGCUUGCCAGCCUUUCCAUGCUCUCAUGGUGCAUGGAGCUCAGAUCCGUGCACAGAGGCAAAGCUCCAGCCUCCUCGGAGCUGGUGCUGUGUGAGCAGGGGCACCCUUUCCAAGGCACAGAGCCUGAUGGAACCUUUCUGCCAAUGUUCUCUGUGUCCCUACUGCCUUGAACUGCUGUGGACAUCCAGGGCUGUGGAACGGCUCAGCCUGGUCCUGGCCAUGGGUGCAGGUCCCCAGCCCUUGCCAGGGACCAUGGGGUCCCCUCUGCUCCCUGCCUGCAGGGGCAAUGCAGACAGUGGAGGUUGCAGGACAUUACCACCCCCCCUCAUGAUCACAGAAUCAUAGAAUGGUUUGGGUUGGAAGGGGCCUUAAAUCAUCCAACCCCCCUGCUGCGGGAGGGAUACCUUCCAACCUUCCACUAGACCAGGUUGCUCAGACCCCCAUCCAACCUGGCAAGGAUGCUUGCUGGGCUUACAGACAUCUUCAGAAACGGGGAUUAUUUGUGGUCAUUCAAAAAGUAAAUGCCCUGGCUUAGCACGUGGAGUCCAAAAAAUCACCCGUGGAGACUGCCCGGUGCUGAGGAAGUCUGAAGCCUGACACGUGACAGAAGCACACGUGUGGGGUCCAAAAGAGGUGUCACCAUCUUCACUGACACUUGGUCUCAUCUGAGCUGGCAUUGUUGUGUCUCACAGGAAGGUCAUCUGCCUGGCCUGCACAGUGGAAAAGAGCCUGCUCCCAAAUACUGUUAGAACUGCUCCUUGCUGCUGCUUAAUGCCACUGGGAGAGUGAUCCAUGGAGCUCCGGUGCUACGGCCACUGGCAUGGCUGGAUUAGCAAAUGGAAGCUUUGUUUUGAGUUUUCUGUAAUAAAAUACCAUGCUGCUGGGGCACACAGGCUAGCUAGGGUUUCACUGCCCACUUAAGAAAAUGAGGGCAAAGGGUGAUUAAAUAUUAAGUGGGAUGCAAGAUCUCAGUGCAUGCAGUUCAUGUGGUAACCUGAGGAGAGGCUGAGGUAAAUGUGGCUUCCUAGAUGCCUGAGAGGGUACUACAGCAACCCAUCCUGGCCAGCAAGAGGAGCUUUGGGGUUUCUCCAUCAGUUUCCAGUGCCAGGAGACCUCAGGGAUGACAGGUGUGGUCAUGAAGAGACACCAAAAUGAGGAUCCUUGGAAUACCUGUAUCCUCUUCUAUUUAGCUUUCCACCCCUUCUGUAAAUCAACACCAUUUCUGGCAGCAGUAGACUGUCAAGCAGGUUACACUGACAUCAAGCAGAAGAUACUAAUGAGAAAAACAGAAAAGAGAUUAGUGAUUAAUGCAGAAACUCCCUCCCACCCCCCACCCCAGGAUGACCUAUGUCCUAAAGCCUCUCCUAUAAGCAAAGCUGCUGCUGACAAGAAAGUUACUGACCUUCCUUACACUGCAGAGCAAGACUUCUGAAAGGCAGCUUCACUCUGUGUGUGUGUCCGUGUGCAUGCACGUGCCCCUGGGCCUGCCCAGGCAUCCGGGUGCAGAGGUACAGACAGCUCCUUCCACAGCAGCUCAUUUGGCAGUGGGUGCUGGCUCCUGAGCUUACUUUGGCAUUAGCAAGGGGCAAUACUGAAUUAUUUCCUCACCACUCCCCUUAGCAGCUGGCUCUUCUUGAGGAGGAUCCACACCUUGGCCGCUGCUGCCUGGUCAGGUGCAAAUGCUGCAAGGCCUCCUGCUCCACUCCCUCCCUCCCUGGCACGAGGUGGGCAAGUAAAUCUGGAGAAAUUGAGGCUCUUUCCUUUCUGAGACCCUUAGGCCAACGUUCUACAGCUCUUCUAGGGAGUUAAACUUCCAUAAUCCCCCUUACCCCACACCCCCUUGGGAACACUUAAAGAUGUUUUUUUCUGAUAUAAGCUGUGCCAAAGCUUGGUUUCCUCUAUGAAGACAAACUGGCAGUGGAAACAUUGACAGCUAUACAGGGAAAUAUUGUAUUGCUUAAAGAACUUUUUUUAGAUCGCUCCAUUGCGGGGACAGUUGUUUGUUGGUUGGGUUGGUAUUUUUUUUUCCACUUUGGACGGUGCAAAAGACGCCAUAAAAUUAACUACAGUAUUAUUCCAGUGAUUUGUACACAGCACGUUCAUGUGCCUUCAAAAUUAAAAGGAAUCAUGAUAAAACUAAGCAAAUAAAUAGUCUUGAGAGGACUAAUCCCUCUCCUCCAUGCUCUCAGCAGCCACCAAAGGCGGCGGGGAUCCCAGGAGGGCAGGAAUGGCAGAGCCCGGGCGGAGCGGCGCGGAGGAUCCUUGGGAAGGCUUUGUUGCUCUGCUGUAGGGAUAUUCGUGUUUCUGGCCAGCUGACAGCAUGUCAGGGAACGUAAACAUUUGGCUCCAGCAAAGCGAUGGACGAGGGAGGCAGAGCUGUGCCCACGAUGAGAAGGGUCCCUGCGGCAGGUCCGGCUGGUGAUGGCCUCAGGGAGAAGCGGGCAGGGCAGGGGCGCAGGGACAUGCCAUCCGGGGAGGGACGGCGCUUCUGCAGCGGAGCAGGCACUUGCUUGAUGCUUCUGCAGCCUGCCGGGGUCUAGGGAGGGUUAAGAAACCACAAGGGGGGCACAUGAGGGGGCCAGGGAAAGCACUCAGAGCACUCUGGAAGAUGCUGGCAGCGCCGCUCUUGACUGUGGUGUGCUUUGCAUCCAUACAGCAGCCAGUUUGCAGGGAAUGGGGGCAAUAAGUGGGUAAAGAGCACCCUGGCCUGGCCUCUGCUUUCCAGCUCUUUCCAAGCAGGCCAUUCGUCCACACUGGUUCAGCCUUAAUUCAUGCUCUGGGUUCAUCACAGCGAUUUUUUUAAGCCUUUCCCUGUCCAUGCUCAGCCACAGCAAUAUCCCUGUGCUGCUGCUUGGGGCCAAUGAGCCUUUGGGCUCUUACUUUCCUCAAGGGCCAAGCAAGGGAAUGUUGCAUUUUUUCAGCGUCUAAUCCAAAAAACCAAAAAAUAACUUUGUAAAUCUUUGAAAAAUGCCGUGAAGGCUUAGGCAGCCCGAGGACAAGGGGUGCAAGGUGCUGUUGUGCCCAGGGGUGUUACAAAGCUUUCGGCCUGGCUCAGGGUGCUGCAGGAUGUUGUGUAGUGGCUGCUCUCUUGCAGUGCCACUCGUGCUCGUGCAUGUGUGUGAAAUGGGCUAACUUGGCUUUUCCUUCUUCUGAUUGUUCAACAUAAGUGGGGAAUAAUAAAAUACAAUUUUUCCACAGGGACCAGAGGAAACAAAUUACUGCCCUGGUGUAGCUGAGGGCAGAGUCUGGCACAUUAUAGAUUAUUUUCUGUGUAAUAAUUCCCACGAGGCCCUGUGGAAACCCAGCUUUUUUUUUUUUUUUUUUUUUCUCAUUUUUCUACUUCCUUAAACUUUCCAAAAUACUCUGCUGUAACAUAUUUUCCUCAGUCACAUGUGUUACUGAGGAGAGAAAAGGUUAAAUUCUCCUUUCGUACUAUAAUGUAAUUCAUUUCCUGUUUUUCACAACUGUCUAGACACAGAUCUAACGAGCAUUAACCCUGAAUCCCACCAUUGGGUUAAAAAUAGAGGCUUUAAAUAUAAAAAGUGUGUGGUAAAAGUAAGAUUGUAGGUUUCUACCUACCACCAGGAGACAGUGCUUUUGAAUGAGAACCAUUUAAUUAGCUAUAAGUAACAAAAAAAAAAAAAUUUCAGUUUCAGAGGUUUAAAAAGGCUCCUGGUUGCUUUAUAUAUACCAGCAGUAACACGGGCCCUGCUGCGUUGUGGCAUGGACAGGUUGAUUCCCCCUCAGGAGUUAUAUUUGUCUGGAUUGACACCUCCAGCUAUAUUAAAAAAAGAAAGAAUAAAUUCCGCUUCAGUCGAAGAGCUAUAAAAAGAUUGGGAGAAAGUAAUUUAAGAGAGGACCAAUGUUGAAAACCAUGGUCAGCUUCUGGUGGGAGACCUGUAGACAAAAUGUGCCCCAAACUCCAGGGGAAAAAAGUGAUGGCCAUGGUACCAAGAGGCAGCUCGUGCUGGGGAGGCAAGGCCACAGAGUGCUGGUCCCAGCCUAGCACAGCUCUGGAGUGCUUGCAGCCAUGACCAGACCCAGAGGGGCUCCAUAAGCUUAGGCUGGAUCAUUUUUGGGCUGGAGGCUGGCCCCAGGCUGAGCCAGGCAAUUGCCCCCCGUGGGUGUGCAGCCUCCUGUGACACUUCCCACCAGCUGGGCUGCCACGCUGGAGUGGGAGGAAGGAGAGAAAGAGGUUUCUGGCUUGGAACAUGAGCUAAAUCCCUCACAAAAGUGAGUUUUGCUUGUGGAGGGAAAGCAAGAAAAAGCAAAACUGUAACCCACCCCAGCUUGGCAUAGGGUGCAGACAGGGAGUGAGGCAGCUUCUUGGCUUACAGUUGAUUACACACACCUUUCACAUCAAAGAUUACCCACAGAGACAUCAUAGUUUAUGAACUUCAAGAAUAAAAAUAAAUGCUGGUAAGAAUUAGCUUAACUCAAUGCUUAAAAGCCCUGCUAAAAUAAGUCAAAAUUCCUGGUGCGUUGUGACAAGGAGGAACUCGCAUUUCCUGCACUGACUGCGUUUCUCUGUCUACAAACACAAAUCCCAUGGGGUGGUUUGUUUAUUUAUUCUGUGAGGCUGGGAGUGGGUGUCUUUCCUGUCCCACCACCCACCUCCAGCCACUGCAUGAAAGCAGCAGCACCAGCAGGAGCUCUGGAAUGGACCUGGCACCUCAGCUGCAAACCUGUGUGUGCUGCUGUCUGUGUUCAAGGUCUGUUCUGAACAGAACUGAAAUUAUCCAAGGAAAACAUAUUAAAAAGACAUUUGCUUGUUUUCAACUAAAAAGUGCAGUAUACUGUGCAUCAAGAAUGGUGAGGAGUGAACUGGUGUCCUUCCAGCUUAGGGAAGGCCUUUGAACCCACAUGAGUUAUUUAUAGAGCCUUUUGGAAAACAGCUCUUUCCAAUUUCUGCAGUUUUGAUCACAGGAACAGCUCAGGUUUUGUCAAAAAUAAAGCAAUCCCCUACUUGGCUCACUGGGGUUCACCCCUGUAAAGCAGAGAAGCAGAAAUGAGGAUUAGGGAAAGGUGGGGCAAAGCAGAGUCACAAUUUUAAUAUUCAUUGUGUGAGAGGUUUUCAAAAUGUUUUUUGGCCGAACCGUGCUUCUUUUAUUAGGCUCUAAGACAGACAGUGAGGGCACUCCAAGGAAGUGUACAGGGUGACUCGUUACCAUUGAUCAAGGCAGACCCUCAUCCAUGUUCCAGGAUGCCUCUCCCUCUAUCCCUGAUUGCACUUAAAAGGGUGGAGGUGGUAGCAGCAGUAACGUGAAAAUGGGGCCCAACAUACUCCUGUAAGGUCCAGUAUUCCCCUUAAAGGAUUUAGUCUUUGCACAUUUAGUUUAUUAAAAUAAGUAGAGCUUGCUAUUUAAAUUCUUUUUUGAAUAAGAAAUAUGUCUUAACAAGAGCUUUCUCUUGUUUAAAAGGCUUUGUGAUCUUGUCCCAUACUGUGUUUCCAGAGACUUGUGUCUGGGGGUGCAACCCUCUAACUGCAGAUCCGAGUCACAGCGUAACUACAGAGAGGUAGGAAACCACUCAAGCAUACCUUAUAUGACAGUGCAAAUGAGACUGAAAACAAAGCAUCUGCAUUUUGUGCUUAUUUCCAUAGCUGGCAUAGCUUUCAUGAGGCAAGUAAUCCUGUUUUAUGAUAAUAACUUCUGUUCCAACCAGAGGCACGUUUCAUUUGCCUUCUCAACUGCUUUCCCCCAAUUUAUUAGGAGUCACUUCAGUGGGCUCCUACUCACAUUCCCUCUGAGCAAGAGCCUGGGUCAGACUGCUUGCAGUCCUGACACUAACAAGAUGCAAUCGUUCCCCAUCCCCAAAAAAGAUUAAAAAAAUAAUCACUCAGGCAAUAUGAGUAGAAAAAACCCCAAUAUUUUAUAAGCCAUGAGUUGGAUCAGUGUGAGCACUGGUGAUCUCUUUUGGGGCAGCAAUCACUCCUGUGCUGUGGGCAAGUACAGAUUCAUGAGCACAAGGCUCCCUGUGAGCACGGGUUCUGUUGGAAGCCAGGGCUCAUUUCCCUGCGAGAUAUGAUGAAGCAAUAGCUCUCUCUGGGAUGUUCUGCUGUGACAACGAGCCAAGUUCUGGAUGUUCCUGCAGAAGAGUCUUUGCUUACAGUCAUCAGGAGCUCAAGGCUGAUAAGGUCACCACCUUGGAAGCAAUGAGACAACCAACUCUGUGGUUCACAUUGUUUGAACAUUUAUUGCAAUUCAGUGUCAAAAAUGUUUUACAAAAAUACUGUCUGCACAGAACAGCUAUAAAAAUCAGUUGAACAUGCAAGGAAAGAGGAAAAAAGUGUGCAAAUUUAUAAUGGAAGGAUUUUAACCACACAAUAAUAUUAAACAGAAGUCUUAUAUAAGGGAUGCCUUUCACUUCAUAUCAUCUCUAGUUAAAACUUCAAGGAAAAAUAAAACAGAACACACGCUCUCUUCCAUAUAUAAGUAUUUAUCAUUACUGUAGAUUAGUUCCUAAAGAUGAGCAUAUUUUCUAUUUCAAAUUAAAAUGUUCUCUUGGUAGCUGACAUGUUAGCAUUCUGUGCAGCACAGGAUGGCUAAAGAAAGGCAAAUUCCACCCUCAGUUGCCCUCCCAGGAGGAGAAGCAGCAACGCUUGGUCAAGAGAGAGGGAAUUUCUCUGCUGCCAAGAGUAUCUAUAUACUUGAGACUGCAUGUGUCAAGGACAAGAUGGAUUUGUUCUCUUAGGGCCAGAUCCCGCAAAGCUGACUUGCUACCAACAAAAUCAGUGGAGGAAGACACUGGGUAGAAUUUAGGUGCUGGUAAAAGACUCAGAGCCCAGCAGCCACAGACUGACAGCUGUGUGGAAUGACUGGCCACAGCUUCAGAGCCUGGAACCAGGCAUCACUACAAGCAAAGAGCUGAGAAAGCAGCACAAGCAGAACGCCUGAGUCCCAAACCUUGAAGGAGGGCAUUAGUCUGUACCAGCCUGAUCAGCCAUCAGCUCCACAGGGCCUGUGCUUGAGCAAACAGGCCAGCUACAAAGAGGGGCAUUUUAAUUUAAAGCUAAGUCUUUUUGGCAAGGUGCUGAUCUACAGGGACAAUGUGCAACACGUUUGUAAGGACAACCGCAGAGGACAACGCUGGUUUGCUGUACCAAGCAGAAGAUCAGUGUGAGAAGCACAUCUGAUCUGUUUGCUACACAAUAGGAUCUGAAAUGUUCCUGCUCUAAAUAAAAUUCUAGCAACUAAGGGCCAAGGAAUUUUCUGGGCAAUAAAAGCUGGUUUAGUACCUGUGUAUGUUCUAGAAGGUGACAGCUUCCCAAAAGUAAUUGAAGUCAAACAGAAAUGGGAAUACAAACAGUUUAAAACCUGGGGCAAAGAAAAACAAUAUAAAAUAUAUUCCCAUAUACAGAAAGUGGCAGGGUGGCAAUUAAAGUUUUACAUACAAAGCAAUGUCUUCAGAGCAAUACACAUUUUCCUAAUCACUUUACAUAAUUAGCAACUCCCACAGUUAAAAAAAAA